UGUACGGAGCUCGCAAACUACACCAUUUUUAAAAUAUAUAUAUAAGAAGACAAAUUGUAAAAGGAUGGGAGACGAUACUACUUGGCUGUGAGAUUUUUUUUUUAAAGAGCAUCUUCAAAGUUUGUUUUUAUAAACACAUACAAAACUAGUUAUAGGCUAAAAGUCUCUCUAGAUACAUGCCAAGGGCACGUUGACGUGUAUUGUCACGAACCCUAUUAAAUGUUGACCCGCACAAGGAAAGCGGUCUUGGAGACGCAUUGCCAUUUCUCUCUGAGAACACCGAGUUGGUUUUGAGUGACGUUUCUUCUCUUUUCCUCCGGUGCGAUCGGUCUGCGAGCUACACCGUUUUCUAAUUGAUCCGUCAUAAAUGUCAUUCCUGAACAUAAGAAAGCCGGCGACCCCCGCUUACUCCUGUAUCGUAUUAUUUCGUUUCAUUAAUUUCGAAGCCAGAGGAUCGAUAAACAAGAUCAUUUUUUUUGAGAGUUGAGAGAAAUCAAUAGGCGACAUUAUCAACCGCCACGCCGAGACCUAUUCCCUCAUCGAAAUGAACGCAGUGAAAUAACGACUCUAAACCGACUCGGUCAGAUCAGGUGAAUCAUUUUCAAAAACAAGGACUAUAUCAUUGGUCUCACACCAACCGGCAAUAAUGGCAACAGAAAUACAAGCAAGUGGCUGUACAUGUCAAACAACGUUUGUAUUGUCAGGAAUUCACAGCUCUCAUCCUGUUGAACGCCAUCAGUAGCUGCCACCUUCAGUGAGGUCCUCUUAAGCCACUUCCACUGACCCCUGAACCCUCGUUGCCAUGGAGAACAUGAGUGAGCUCCAGAACCCGCUCCUGGACAAGAACAGCAAGCACGUCGUCAACGGUUACGGCGGCGACUUCCCUAACAACCAGUACCAGGAGAACAUCAUCAACUAUUUAACCGGUGACAACAGCGGAGAAGGAGGAGGUAACACUACCAACGGUACGGUGGCCCAUGUGGGACACAACAACCCCAACGGCAAGACGAAAGCUCAACAACUCCUGGACGCCACCUCACUCCAUCUGGCUGUCGAGGCCUUCUACAGGCCUAACUUCAUCCUGUACAAGGAGGAAGGGGGAGGAGGAGGCGGAGUCAAGGCCAAGGAUUAUAAGAACGAGUGUUGCGAGACUACCUUCACAGAGAAGAAAGAGAAGGAGAGGGAGGCGUCUGUAGCAGUGGAGACCCCCGGAAGCACAGAGGACCCUCAGGCCAAGCUGCUGGAAGAAGGAGACAACGUGAAGAUACAGACUGUCUCCUACGAGGUGGAGGAGGAGGAAUAUGUGGAUUACGAGACGGACGGCUCCAGCGACAGCGAGAGUGAAGAUAACUUCAUAGUGAUCCCACCCAGAGACCAUCUGGGCCUGGCCAUCUUCUCCAUGCUCUGCUGCUUCUGGCCCCUGGGCAUCGCUGCUUUCUACUUCUCCCAGGGGACCAGUAAGGCGGUGACGAAGGGUGACUUCCCGCUGGCGAGCAUCGCAUCCCGAAGGGCUUUGUUCCUGGCGGCCCUCUCCAUCACCAUCGGGACAGGCGUCUACGUGGGGGUGGUGGUGGCCCUCAUCGCCUACCUCUCCAAGCCAGGUCACAUAUAGCAGUGCCAGGGGGAACCGGUAAUGGACACUGCUACUGCCAGGGAAAGGUGAAGGGGGCAUCAUUCUUUUUUUCUUCCACCAUCCCUCUAUCUGUCCAGCCUUCUCUCAGACUACCAGGCGAACAACAGGAGAGAAGUGAGGAACCAGCCCUUCUCAGUGGACACUGCUACUACCAGGGAAUGGUUUGAACUGCCCUCCUCCCGUAACAUAACAGCACUGCUGACAUGCAAUCCGUUCCUCUCUCUUUCCCCCCCAUCCCUUCAUCUCACUAUCCUCCUCCCUUCAGCCUCCCUACAGGCAGCAAAGAUUAGAUGAAGGAACAAAGAGGAGCUAGGCAUGAAGGGGAGAUGAGGAGGAGGAGAAGAGCAGGGGAAACUAGGACAGAGAGAACACAGACACUGUUUUCUCUGGGAAAAGUUAUCUGAAGUGAGGUAAAGAGGAACACAGUUUGAGAUAUGAUGUCCUGUUCCGUUCCGUUCCGUUCCGUCCCCCCCCCCAUCUCCCCCCCUGUAGGGUGUUUAAACUUAGCUUUGUUACUUCAACAUUCUACAGACCAUUACAGAAAACGAGAUGGGUGGGUGAGGGAUCAGACAGCAAAAAAAACCAUGGUUUGCAAUUACUGAGACUUUAGCAGACGGAGAAACUUCAAGGGACCGCAGUGUCUGGAGGUCUCACUGAGAGGACUAUGAAAACGUCCUUGAAUUCUCUAUCUGUAUGCCGUCUGAACCAGGCUUGAACAUUUUGACUCUCUGGAUCCCCUGCUACUAACUGACUAUCUCUGUUAAUUUACCAUCAAAUGCUUCUUCAAUGGGUCUGGUUCUAAGGCCUACUGCUGGGUGGUUCUCUGUCAACAUGGAGAGAGAGAGAGAGAGAGAGAGAGAGAGAGAGAGAGAGAGAGAGAGAGAGAGAGAGAGACAGAGAGACAGAGAGAGAGAGAGACAUAUUGAUGGUGGUGUCAUAUAACAGACCCCUAAUGCUUUCUGCAUUUCAGAACUUGAACGUUUCUGUCUGGCCAAUGGCGCGGUUUCAUCUUCAAUAAGGAGACUACUGGGGCUAUUGUCAACUAACUCACAAGUGUUUAAUUGCAGUUUGUCUUUUCAUUGAAGAAAAAAGGAUAAUGACAACAAGGAAAAAGCAGCAUCCAAACAUUGACAGAUCUCAUCAAAGACGGAUUUGUUUUGUGUAUUUCUUAGCUGAACCAGCUGCGAUGGCAUGAAUUAAAUUAUAUGAAUUAAAGUGGAACAAAAAAGCGAACUUCCUGCUCCCUGCAGGUGAACUGGAGGGUUACUAGGGAGAGAGAACUAUUGUGCAUAGUUCUGAAGUUAAGUUUUCCUCCUUAAAGCAUCAUCAAUAUCAGUACGCCAGUUCCACGAGGACAGGAUAACUCAUCCUCAAGUACUAAUGUCUACUAAUCUAUCAUCUGCAUCAUCAACUCAACUCUCUGGUCUCUGGGACCAGUGUAAACUCAACUCUCUGGUCUCUGGGACCAGUGUAAACUCAACUCUCUGGUCUCUGGGACCAGUGUAAACUCAACUCUCUGGUCUCUGAUGUCCAGUGUAAACUCAACUCUCUGGUCUCUGAUGUCCAGUGUAAACUCAACUCUCUGGUCUCUGAUGUCCAGUGUAAACUCAACUCUCUGGUCUCUGGGACCAGUGUAAACUCAACUCUCUGAUCUCUGGGACCAGUGUAAACUCAACUCUCUGGUCUCUGAUGUCCAGUGUAAACUCAACUCUCUGGUCUCUGGGACCAGUGUAAACUCAAAUCUCUGGUCUCUGAUGUCCAGUGUAAACUCAACUCUCUGGUCUCUGGGACCAGUGUAAACUCAACACUCUGGUCUCUGGGACCAGUGUAAACUCAACUCUCUGGUCUCUGGGACCAGUGUAAACUCAACUCUCUGGUCUCUGAGGUCUAACUCAGUGUUGUGAUACAAUAAAGUACAGGUAUUCAAUAAAAGCCUUUCCAGGACCCAGGCAGAGUGCGAACAGUGAAGCAUUGAAUCUCAACACUGUAGAAAAUGACAGCCUCCUCCCUCCCAUAUGCCAUAGGAGAUAUUAAAAGGGGGGG